AUGGUUGUGGUGUCCACUGUGAAGGCACACGAACAAUUCAAGGCUUACUCUCUUGCAAAGCUAGUGGGAAUAUUAAAGUCACAUGAGAGUGAAGUAUCUAAAGAAACGAACGUGGUUUCUAGCAUGGGGUCAUUAGCUCUAAUCUCAAAAGGAAAGAAUGUUGUUGAAAAAGAAGUAGACUUAGAUCUUUCUGAGUAUGAUCUAACAAGUGAAGAUUUUGCAUUGAUGGGGAAUACAGUUGAUGAUGAAUUUGGCGGUGUUGAAGUUUGGUCGACUGAUUCUGAAGAUGAGGAAGUGAGGAAGCCCACUCAUGGCAGGGCUUUGUUGGUGAAAGAAGAACAAGUUACUAGAAAGUGUCUGAUGGUGACUUCUGAGGUGUCACAAAUGAGAGGUUAUACCACCGAUAAGGGACGAGACGAAGCGAAAGAGCGAGAAGAUAGGUGUUUUGCAGCAAAACCUGUCAAUGUGCAGAUCAAUGAAUGCAAUGAGUUGAUCAAGAAGGAUGAUGAUAUGAGUGAAAUAUCUAUAGAAGAUGAGGUGGAAUGUUCUGAAUUUUUCAAGAGCGAAUCCAAAACAAAUAAAAAUCUUAUUUCUGAAAAUUCUGUUGAGUUCACUCGCUCAACAAAAGACAAGACUAAAGUCCUCAAGGCAAAAGCUGUUGUAUAUCAAAAGGUAAAAACAACUCCAAAUCAAGUUUACAUAGUUCAAGGAGUUACACAGCAAAAAACAGCCGAACUAACGACAUUAGUAGAAGAAGAUAGUGCCGAUGGCUGCAAUGAUUUUUUAUGGUUAGCAUCAAUAGAUAAUGCUGAUGAAACAGAAGGUCUAUCUCAGAAAAUAUCAUGGAGAGUGAAAGCAUAUAGAGUUCUCAGUAAGAGUUCAAAGAAAAUAGAGGAGACCUAUUAUGUUACCUUCGAUGAUAACUAUGUCAAGAAACUGAAGGCAACCGAAGGAUCAGUGGAGGAAAUAUUUCCCAUUUCUGGUCAAGUUACGAUACCCAUUUCAAAUCUCUUUGAACAGUAUAUGUUGUUAUUUGAGGAACCAGAAACGGCCAUUCACUCUGAAUCUAAAGAUGUAGAAAACAAGGUAGAUCAACUGAAGAAGUUAAUCGUUGACACUACAAAGAAAAUGGCAGAUCAACAACCUCAAGCAGACAAACAAUCUAACUCAUGCGAACCUCCCAGAGAUAGUUCUUAUGUUCAGGGGGAGGGUUCAUAUCCUCCAAAUAACCAAGAUUCAUCAUUCCAGGGGGAGAAUCCAUCAUCAUCAACCGAAAGCCAAGUCCAGGGAAAGUAUUCUAAGCCUGAACCAGAGGAAGUAUCAUCGUUCGAGGGAGAGAAUGAAAAUUCAAACGAUGAUGAUAUUCAAUCAGAACUCGAAGAAGUGGAUUCUGAACUAGAUCCCUCUUAUGAUCCUAAUUACCCACCACUCACCAAAUGGACCAAAGAUCAUCCUCAAACACAAAUUAUUGGUAAACCAUCAGAAAAAAGAAAGAUGCCUCCCAGGAAGAGAACCAACAGAAAGAACAACAACCCUCCAAUGAAUCCGCAACCAACACCUCCUCAAUUCGAUCCUGCUAUGUUCCAGGCAGCAGUUACAGCCGCUGUGGCUGCCAUGAUGUUGUAG